AAGAACAAUAUGACGGUGGUCACAGAGUUCUUCCUCUUAGGAUUUCAGGUUGGCCAUAUUAUAAGAGUUCUGAUCUUCUCUCUGCUCCUUGUGAUUUACUGUUUUACGAUGUUUAUGAACCUCCUGAUCAUUGUCCUGGUGUCCUCCAGCAGGAACCUCCGCACCCCCAUGUACUUCUUCAUCUCACAGCUCUCCAUCAAUGACAUCUUACUGUCCACGAAUGUGGCUCCCAAUAUGCUCCAUGCUCUGUUACAUUAUAGAGCCGAUAUUACUUUUAUUGGUUGUAUGACACAACUUUAUUUUUUUGGUGCCUUAGAAGCUUCUGAAUGUUUCCUCCUCACGGUGAUGUCCUAUGACAGAUAUGUGGCCAUCUGUAACCCCCUCCGCUACUCCUCUAUCAUGACACGUCCAUACUGUAUGAGAUUGGUCGUCACCUCUUGGUUGGUGGCUUUUUGCAUUUUGUUUUUCACCAUCAUCACAAUAUUAAAGCUAAACUUCUGUGGACCGAACAUCAUUGACCAUUUCUUCUGUGAUUUUGUUCCUAUACUAGGACUUUCCUGUUCUGAUACCUUCAAUGUUCAGAUAGAAACCUCUUUUUUCAGCAUUCCAUUAAUCUUCUUCCCCAUAAUAAUUAUAAUAUUUUCAUAUGCUAAAAUUAUUGUCACCAUCUUAAGGAUCCCGUCCAGCACCGGCAGACAGAAAGCCUUCUCCACCUGUAGCUCCCACCUCAUUGUGGUCUCCAUAUUCUACGGGACUCUGUUUAGUGUUUAUGUCGUUCCAACAAGAGGUCAGUCACCGACCAUGAGUAAGAUCCUCUCCCUGCUGUAUACUGUGUGUACCCCUCUGAUCAACCCCAUUAUAUACAGCUUGAAGAACAAGGAUAUCAUGAAGGCUUUACAUGUCCUGUUUAUAAGAAACAUUUGUUAA